AUGCUGAUUAUCUAUGACACUCAACUGGAAUGCAACACCUCAUUGCAAAUGGUGUACAAGCUGAAUAUCUCCGAUCAACAUUUCCAACUCACAGUUGGCCCAACUGGCUUAGCCUUGCAACGGGUGCUGGAGGGAACGAGUCGGACGAUAUGUGGUGGGAAGGUCUACCAGCACCUUUAUGGUACACAGCUGGAAAAUCGGGCAUCGAUGUGCACUGCUAUUGGUUUGCGCACUGUCAUGUUUAUAUACUGA